AUGCGAGAUUUGCAAGGAGUUCUGUUAUGUUCGGGAAGUGGAUCAAGAAUGAAACCGCUGACAACACCGAAAUGUUUGCUUCCUGUUGUUGGAGUUCCAAUGUUUUUAUAUCCACUUUCUUCAAUUUUACGAGCAGGGAUUAAAGGUUAGAAACUGGAUUGAUUGAUUCGUUUUAAUUUCAAAUUUUUAGAUAUAAAAAUCUUUGUGCGAGACACGAAUGAACCAAUUCUAAAAACCGAAGUGGAAAAAAGUGGACUUCUAAAACAAUUCAACGCAAAUAUAGAGUAUAUUAAGAUAACAAGCAGUCAUGAUGAUUUUGGAACCGGAGAUUUACUCAGGCAUUAUCACAAUCGAUUCACGCACGAUCUUCUGAUUGUUUCCUGCGAUUUCGUAUCCGAUUCUAGUCUCAUCCCAUUCGUUGAAUUUUUCCGAGCCUAUGAAGCAACUCUUGUCGCAUUAGUUGAUGAUAAUUGUGCAAAUUCACCUGCACCAGGUCCAAAAGUCAAAAAAGCAAAGGCAACUGAUUUGAUAGCGAUGGAUGAAGAAACUGGACAAUUGGCUUAUUUAUGUGGAGAUGAUGAUUUUGAUGGAGUUGUUGGAACCGAGAAAUUUGUUGAUAAGUAAAUAGGUUCUUAUUGAUUUGCUGAUCAAAAAUAUUAUUUUUUCCAGGUUUCCUAAACUAUCUCUCACUUCAAAGUAUAAUGAUUGCCACGUUUAUGCAGUUCGAAACUCGGUUUUACAAUCGCUCAACAAAAAUUUCAUAUCCUUCAAAGCAGAUUUCGUUCCAUUUUUGAUUGAAUCUCAAUUUGAUGAAAAUUCAACCACAUCUUGUUUUGCUUAUCGUCUUCCACAUGAAAACGGCACGGUGACUGCGCAUGCAAAUACAACUGGCGCGUAUUUUGAGGUUAACAAGGAGGUAAACAUAUUUUUUUUUGAAAAUUUAUAAUAUCAGAGUUUUUGCAGAUCUUGAAAUCGUUCAAUCGAUUAAUGCCAGCAAAGGGAAAUGGUCUCACUUUCAACUAUCGAACUGAUAAAAUUGCAAUGAAUGACAGUCGGAUUGAAUCAACAACAAAAGUUGGAAAAGAUUCGGUUAUCAAGAGAUCGGUUGUUUUGAAUACUUGUCAAAUUGGAGAAAAAGUUAAACUGAAAGAAAGUUUGAUUUUGAAUAAUGUGAUAAUUGGAAAUGGGUGGGUUUUUUGGAAUUCGGGAAAAAUUCGAUUAACCUGAAAAACUUCGGUUUCAUGUUCAAAUAGUCUUAUGGGAAGUUAUCAAAAAUCCAAAUAGGAUUUUUUAAGUAGAAUUUUUUUCAUGAGAAUCCUGAUGUUGAAAAAAAAUUCUGAACAAUUUUAAAAAAGUCAAAAAACCUUCUCUUUUUGAAAAUUCGUAAUUCAGCUCAAAAUUAACGAAAAAAUCGAUGAAAAGCGCGUUUUAAAGUUUGAAAUUUUCUUUUUUUUUUCAUGUAUCACAUUAAAAGUUUGAUAACAGCUCUCCAAAACACUUAAAAAGAGGGCAAUUCAAACUUUAAAACGCGCUUCUCAUCGAUUUUUUUCGUUAAGUUUGAGCUGAAUUACGAAAUUUCAAAAAUAAAAGGUUUUUUUGACUUUUUGAAAAUUCUUCAGAAUUUUUUUCAACAUCCGGAUUCUCAUGAAAAAAAUUUUUACUCACAAAAUCUCCUUUGGAAUUUUCCAUAAGACACUAUUUGAACAUGAAACCAAAUUUUUUACCCUUAAAAUUUGCAAUUCCAGCGCUUCAAUCACAAAUUCAAUUAUUUGCGAUGAUGUUGAAAUCGGAGACAAUGCUGAAGUAAUAAAUUGUAUCGUAACAUCUGGACAAAAAGUUGCGGCGAAAGGUGAGAAGAUUUAUUGUUUAUAACAACGCAUAUGUGUUUUUUUUUUGUUGCAGCCAAAGUACAAAACGAAGUUGUCGAAGAUGAUGAUGAUGGAGGAUGGACUGAUGAUUAG